AUGAGGACGACGACGACGACAGACGCGUUUCUCCGCGCUUUAGCGCAUUCGAAAAGCGUCGAGACGCAGACGCUUUUAUUGGACGAGAUGCUUCGUUCUCUGAUAUCUGAAACUGAAUCUCUGGACGACGACGACGACGAAGACCGAGCGUGGUUUUUAGAUUUGAGACCGAGAGAGAAGUACCAGAAGCACUCUUUGUCGCGCUCUGUGAAUAUUCCGUUCGAUGAAAUCAGCGGUUCGUUCCACUUGCUGCCGCCAAGAGAGACGCCUUUUUCGGUUUUCGUAGAAGAGGGGAGAGACGACGACGAAGAGAGUUUGGUGUCGUCGUUUGAGAACCAACGAGAAACUUUUCAGAGAGGAGAUUUCAAAGGCGUUCAGUGGAACAUUAAAUACGCUUUCGUCUACAACGAGCAUUUUAUCAACGCGGUGAACGCAAAAAUGCUGAAGAUGCAGAAGGAUUCGUCGCUCGGAAACGGCGUUGAUACGCACGACGUUCUCGCGCUCAAUAACGAAAAGAAGAAAAAUAAGAGGAGGUUGUGGGAACCUUCACCUUCGGUUAAGGAGUUGUACAAAACGUUUUUAUCAUCGUCAGAGACGAAUAAUAAUAAAAAUAAUAACAACAAUAAUAGUAGCAGCAUCGUCCUCGAUUUAGGUUCAGGCGUUGGGCGCGAUUCCGUUUAUCUCGCGUCCAAAGGUUUCGACGUGCUCGCUUGCGAUUUCGACCAAAAAGCUUUAACGAGAACGCAGGAAAUGGCAAGACUUCAUGGCGUCGAAGAUAAGGUGAAAGUUUUGAAGUGGGAUGCGAGAAAUGACGACGCUUUUAUGUGCGCUUUGAGUAGCGUCGAUGAUGUUUCUCGGUUAAAACUCGUCCUUGGCGUUCGCUUCUGUCACAAACCAUUAUUCGCUCAAAUCGUGAAACACAUGCCCGCGGAGAGCGAUUGUUUCUUCGCGUGGUUUCACUUCGCCAAAGGCUGCGAGCAUUCCAAAGUUGGCCGGCCAAACAAAGAGAAAGAUUUAAUCGCGCCGAACGAAGAGCUGCGAUCAAUUUUUACCAAGAACGAAGGAUUCGAAGUUUUGAAAGAUGACGUCUCGUUCAUUUCGGAUGGUCGUCCUUCCGCAAAUUUCAUCGCGAGAAGAUGA